AUGGUCACACUGGAUCCAAACACAGCACACAAACACCUCGUUCUGUCUGAGGAGAACAGAAAGGUGACGUGUGUCUCUGAGCGACAGUCAUAUCCUGAUCAUCCGGACAGAUUUGAUGAGUAUUAUCAGGUUCUGUGUUCAGAGAGUCUGACUGGACGCUGUUACUGGGAGACUGAAUGGAGUGGAGCUGGUGUUUAUAUAUCAGUGGCUUAUAAAGAAAUCAAGAGGAAAGGAAGGAGUGAUGACUGUGUGUUUGGACGUAAUAUGAACUCCUGGAGUCUUGAAUGCUCUAAUCACAGAUUCACUGUCCGUCACAAUAAGGAAACUGUCAUCUCUGCUGCUUCAGACUCCUGUAAGAGAGUAGCAGUGUUUCUGGACGAGUCGAGCGGCUCUCUGUCCUUCUACAGCGUCUCUGACACACACACACUCACACACUUACACACAUUCACACACACAUUCACUCAACCUCUACACGCUGGAUUUUACCUUUAUUACAACUCUUCAGUGUCUCUGUGUCACAUUAAACAUUAAACUCUCACACACACACACACACACUUACACACAUUCACUCAACCUCUACACGCUGGAUUUUACCUUAAUUACAACUCUUCAGUGUCUCUGUGUCACAUUAAACAUCAAACUCUCACACACACACACACUCACACACUUACACACAUUCACACACACAUUCACUCAACCUCUACACGCUGGAUUUUACCUUAAUAGUUACAACUCUUCAGUGUCUCUGUGUCACAUUAAACACUAAACACACACACACAGACUGAUAAAUUUGUAAAAUAAAAUGUCAUAUUUACACUGUGUCAUAUUUCUCAGGCUGUAUUUUCAGGAGUUCAUUUAAUUUUAGUGUUAUAGAAAUCAGACUAAAAUUACUUCAUCAUCAUCAUCAUCAUCAUUAUUAUUAUUAUUAUUAUGUGUUUGAAACCAACACUCAAGCACUGCUGGAGAAAAGUGUGUUUAUGCAGCUGUACAUUAAAAACAUUCUUUUGAAGCA